CUGGAAAAGACUUCAUAGCUGCUUCAGGAAUGUUGGCAUCCAGUACCCAGUCGUGACGGACAGCUGUGAGGCUGUGACGUUUGGUUUGGGACAUGCCACAGCAGGAUCCCAUGGAUGGUUAUUCAAGCCUCAAUAAACUUCACACUUCUCCACAAACACUUCCCGUAUAGCAUCCUCUUACAACCAAUAGUGGUUAUAGUUUGAUCUCUUUAGCCUACGGAUGACGCGCGCGCUCCUGACGCGUCAAACCACGCAGUUGCGCAAUUUGACAAACCGAGUUGGAAGGAUUGUCGUUUGACAUCUGCUCUGCUCCCAAACAAAAGCGUGUAUGACUUUUACCGUGAAGGUAUAAGUGAAGUGACUUCUGCUUCAGUGACCGCUGCUGUGGGGAGUCACGCGUGGACUCCGCGCGCAGAACCUCCGCACCACCAGCAGUUCUCAGAACCGAGGUGGAUGAACAUGGUGCCAUCCAAGAAACUUCAUAUUUUUAUCCUGAUCGCCUGAGGUAAAUCAGCAAUGGACAGCUACUCGUGUCUGUUUCUCCAAAAUGUAGUAACUUCUGAAACACUGGGCAGGACUGGCACUUUCAGGCAGGAACUUACAGAAGACAUCUCCUCUCCAUCCGGGAACGGCAUCAGCAGUGACCUGCUCCCUCCUAAAGAAACAAACCUGAACAUGAGACAAAUCAAAACAGAGCCGGCACACGCCCUGAUGCCUCCCUGCUGCCAGAGCACAGGACACCAAACGGUUCUAUCCACCGCUUUUCUGGGCUUUCUCAUCAAACGGGAAGUGGCUGAUUUGCAGAAUGUGUCCCCGUUUCAGCUCCUGAGCUCUGAUUUGAGUCUGCAUGAAGACAGAUUGGCCUAUUUACCACCAUCUCCACCAAACUCUGAGCCUCCAAGUCCAGAAAAUCGGCUGGAACUCCUUCACAGUCUCCCCCCACCUCCGACCUAUGAGGCCAGCAUGGCCUCCAGGCUGAUGUUUCAAAAACGUGAACACUCCUUUGACGGGACUCCAAUUCAAGAUCAAAACCAAACUUCUGGUCUAAGAUAUGAUCCAAGAUAUGAUCAGAUGAUACCAAUGAUGUCCCAGUCAAUCAAACACAGUCGGAGGAACAAUCCCGAUCUGGAGAGACGAAGAAUUCACCACUGCAUUGUCCCUGGGUGCAACAAAGUAUACACAAAGUCUUCUCAUCUAAAGGUGCAUCUGCGGACCCAUACAGGUGAGAGGCCAUACCACUGCUCCUGGGAGGGAUGUGAGUGGCGCUUCUCUCGCUCUGACGAGCUGACGCGUCACUUCAGGAAACACUCCGGGGCCAAGCCCUUCCAGUGUGGAGCGUGCAGCCGCGCAUUCUCCCGCUCUGACCACCUGGCCUUACACAUGAAGAGACACCAGGGCUAGAAACCAUGUCUUAGGUUGAAACAAAUGCUGCCCAAAAUCCAAAAAUGUUUACAAAUUUUAAGGUUAGAAUAUAAAAAAAACUUCUGUUCUUUCCUGUUGCUUCAUGUUUGCCUUAUAAAUGAAUGAUCAUGAUUAAAAAUUAGCAUAUUUAAAUAGAAUGAACUCAAAUGAAUAACAAACGUUUAUUUAUGAAUGACAUUGUCAUUCAUAUCACACACUAUUUGUAAAUAACUUGAGAUAAAUAUUUACUAUUUCAGGUAUUAUAUUUUUUCACAUCAUAAAAUAAGUCUUAAAAAGGAGUCUAUGUUAAUGGUGAAGAUUUGGCAAUGAUUGUAUUAAAAUAAAAACGAGUUAAAUAUGAAAUGUAGCCUAAAUGUUUUUUUGGCAUUAUGGUUUAUGUCCUAUAAAAGUUAAUAUACAUUAAAAGAACUGCCAGUAAUCCCAGGGACAGGAUGUAAAAACACAGUGUUGUUGUUGUUUUUUGCAGCGUUUCAGAAUAUCUAACUGAAAACUGAAACUUGAUGCUAACACCUGUAGGAUUGUGCAAACAGGAGGAAUCCACAAACAUGCUUAAGGUACAAGCAAGACAUUUCCAGGAAAACUGGGAAAUUUGUCUUUUUUUUUGGCCUCAGAGCUUUUUGAACUCCAGUUCUCCAUGGACUCCAGUGAAGAUCACAAAUCAUUGAAGAAAAAAGGUUCAGCGCACUGUCUAGUGGGUCUAGAUGACCCAACUCCCAAUGUUGAGGUGGCUAGGAUAGCACAAGGGUUACACAAAGGCAACAAAAUGCAAUGUGUGACCAAAGACCUUAAAAAAAAAGAAGAACUUUAACCGGUCAUUUGCAUUCGAUCUGCAACCUUUAUCAAUACCAAAAACACAACAGUUUUCACGCUAUGAACAAAAAGUUGAACUUGUGUGACCUACAGACACAAUCUGCAAAAUCACUCAGUGCAGAGCUUAAGCAUGUUGUGGUUGGUUGAUUGAGUGAACGAGAGUCAGGUGUGUGGCAUCCAGGGAGUGUGUGCUGGGGUUGCUGGGAGUUGUAGUGUGGCUAGAACUCUGGGGACGACACCUGAGGGUCCUUGACCUGGGAACUCCACGCCAUUUUCCUUUGGAGACCAACAUGGCGAUCACCAAACAAAGACCUCUCUUCGAAAUCAGAAAAUUUUGUUUUUGACCCAAUAGAAAAUCACAAAGUAAACCUUGACGUGAGACAUUUUGAUAUAAAAACUACUUUAAAACAUAAAUAUUUUUCAUCACUGUACACAUGGACUUUAAGAAGGAUGGAUCAUUCAAGGAUGUUGGGUAAUUUUGUCAUUGAGGAUAUGAGUUAACACAAGGAGAUUCCAUAAAGAGUAAAAUGAGACUUAUCCACGAAUUUCUUGUGAUCUUUUUGCCUCGCAGAGGCUUCCUGAAUAAAUUCAUGAUAAAUCCCCAUAAAAUCAUACUUGGCAUGUUUUUGUGUUUUACUUUUGCAUCUUCAGACGUGAAGAAGUGACUUUGUGGCGGACAUCCGUCUGCUCUUUCUUCUUGCACUCAUUCCAAGAAACCGACCUGUUUUCAUCCAACGCUCCGGAGCCCUCCUGGAAGCCUCUUCAGUCCUCGAAGAACCUCUAAUGCUUGAGCUCUGAGAAUGAAGGUGUCACUAAACACCUCUGACACAGUCAGCGCCUCCGUGGAGUGAAACCUAACCACUCUACGGCAGGUCAAUCAUUCCAUUCUGCAAAGUGCAGGCCAAAACAAAAGACCAGCUUUGUUUCUAAUAAAACGUUUGUGGGGCGAUUCGUGGAACGGCGACAUCGAGUGGAUGAUGCUAACAUUCUUUCAGAUGAGGCUGGAGCCAUGCUCCUCUCGAGGAGGAAUUCUCUGAACUCAAAGCUGUUCUCAGAAAUUGUAUUUAGCUCACGCUGUUGGAACAUGUCCCGUCUCAAAAAUAUCUCUUAACAGACACAAGCUGGUAUGGUAUGAUGUCAUCUGAACUUUAUAGUGCAUACUUUAAAUACCUUAAAUCAGCUUUUUCAUUUUUUUUCAUUUACCUUUCCUAUUAUGACACAUUUUCUUCUUCUAUACAUGUUUUCUGCAGCUCAACAGUCUACUUCUUUUCAUUUAAAGACAUAUUUUAUAUGAGAAACAGGUAAGGACUAGUAAAGCUGUUGGAGUUUUUAACCCACAAAUUCUAUUGAAUGGUAUCUGACUUUUUGCAACAAAUGAGCAUUAUUGUGAAAAUACUCCCAAACAUAUUACAGAUCAGGACUUAUUGUUAUCUAUGGGCGGAGCUACAGGGUGUAAAGUGGGAGGGGCUUCCCCCCCCUCUUUUUGUCAAUAUUAUUGUCAAAGAUUAAGAAAUCAUCAAUACAAACUUCUUUAAGCAUCAGUAAUAACACUUAAACCUUUUGUCAAAAGAGUAAAAAGAUUGAAUGACAUUUCUUUGGAUUCUGUCUGUUCAAGAGUUUUAGUUUCAAUAUUUUAAGACAUUUAAGACCGUUUUUCUAACCAUUUCCUUUUCUUGUGAUUUGUUAUUGAACAUGUCUGGACUAAACUGAACUGAACAUUUUCUAAUUAAAACUAUGAAAAAAGAAUCAAACUUGUUGUCAUUGUGCCUUUUUUGAGUUUUGCAUUGGUAGAACUUUAGCUGUAAAAUAACAAUUUCAUAAAGUGAAUGUACCGUAACUUAAUACAUUCUAAGCGAUAAACUAGAUGUGUUUAAUACUUUAAUUUUGUACUUUUUUACUCUUCAAGCUAUUAACAUGGUUUCUACUUCAGGCAAGACCUUUCUGCUGUCUAACUAUGUAGCCACAAGGGGCCCGAGUCUGGAUCCCCCUGUGCCAGUCCCCAGCCUGGAUAUAAUACAAGGUUGUUUCAGAAUGGGCAUCUGGCACAAAAAUCUCAGCCAAGCCACACGUGUGAGUUGGUGGAAGCUGAUUGGCUGUGGCGACCCCUGAAGGAAUAUAUAUAUAGAAAGGUGAACAACAACCACUUCUAAAGCUACUUCAUUUGAUCCAACUUAAUUUUUUUGUUUUUGCCACUUAACCGACCUAUAAUUUUUGGUAAUUUUAGAAAAGGACUAAUUGGUUGCAAAACAAGCCCCGAUCAUCACCCCACCUCCACCACGCUUCGCUUUCUAACAAGAUAUUAUUGCGUGUUAAUGCUGCAUUUGAUCUUAUUAUCCCAGACUUUGCUACUUCAAAUAUUUAUUUUGAACCGUCAUUAAUUGAAAAAAUUAUAGUGUUAUUUUACAUGUUUAUGGACAAAUGUAUUUAUAAAAGAGGGUUUCUUCUAACUGUGUUUGGAUGUAAAGCUCCAUUUGAACAGCUUAAGUUGUGAGUGACCGAAAUUAAGAAUACAUGUCCCAUGGAUCCGACACCAUGCGCCUUCGUUCGCAGUUAUAGUUCCAUCCUAGUCCGUUACAUACAAAAUGCAACUUUAUUAACCUUCAUGCCUCCAUUCAUUUCAAUAUACAUGUUUAUGCUUGCACUUAUUUUAAUUUCACAGCUCCAUCCAUAUGAAAAAUACAGAGAAAAAGGCAAAACACUGACUUGAUACUUAAACAACUCUUGGGGGGAAAAAAACAAAACAAACAGCAAAAAAAAACAAAAAAAAAAAAA